GGGGACCGGUGCGCUUCUCUCAGCCUCGCCACAGCCAUCCCAGCGGCGAGCAGCAACAGGUAGGAGGCUCUGGCUCUGUUUCUGGUGCGGACACCCGGUUCCAGGGCCGCCGUCGGUCUGCCCGGGAAUGAAUGGACGACUGCUGCUGUCUCCAUCAGCUCGUCUCUCCCGUCCCUCCAUCCGCUCCCCGGCCUCCUUUCUCCACCCAUCUCUCCCGCAGCCCCUCCGUCUCUGUCCAUCUCCCUCCGCUGUCCCUGUCUCCUCUGUGCCUCUCUCCUCUGCGUCACUCUGCACCUUCCUCUGUCCCUCCGUCGGCUCCUCUCUUUAUUUUCUUCCUUCAUCCCUCCAUCCUGCCACCUCGCUCUCCAUGGCCCCAGUUUCUACCUCCCCUGUGCCUGUGCCCGUCUCUCCUGCCCCUCUGUUGCGCCUUGCUCUGUCCCUCCGUCCUUCUUGCCCCUCUCCUGCCGGCUGGUUGGGCUCCCCCAGCCCUCUCUCCUGGCUGCUAAUGAGCAGAGGAGCCUUUGAGGUAGCCAGGGCUGGGGUGGGGGGGCUCCCCGAGGGUGGCAGAGGGGCAGCUGCUGCCAAGGCCCUAAUGAGGCCCCCUCUGCGCCCCUCCCGCCGCGAUCUUAAUUCUCAGCUCUCCCUGGAGCCACCGCUAAUUGGCCUGGGGAGGGCCCCCCCUUCCUGGCUCCUGCUCCAUCCCCGGGGGGUGAGGACACCUGGAUCCCUAGAUCUUGAUCCAGCACCUGUGGCCCCAUCCUUCUGGCCCCCCUCCAUCGGCCUCUCCGCCUCCCAUCUGUGCGUUUCUGCUUUCUCCCCGGCCCUCUGCGUUCCUCCCCCACCUGCCUCUCGGUACCCAUCUGGGCAGCCUUCCACUCUCUGCUGGUCCCCACAAGGGGUCUCCAUUCCCUGCUGUACUCGUCUCUGGGCCCCCCAUUCCCACGUCCUUCUCCCCACGCCCCUGUGAGUGGGCCCCAUGGCGCACCAACCCCACCUUAGGACACAGACGUGUCCUGGCGCAAAGUGCCCCUCACUCCGCCUGGUGUUUAACCUCUACUCUGCUUCAGCCAUGUCCAACAACAUGGCCAAGAUCGCAGAGGCCCGAAAGACAGUGGAACAGCUGAAGCUGGAAGUGAACAUCGACCGCAUGAAGGUGUCGCAGGCGGCAGCCGAGCUCCUGGCUUUCUGUGAGACGCACGCCAAAGAUGACCCGCUGGUGACGCCGGUACCCGCCACUGAGAAUCCUUUCCGAGACAAGCGUCUCUUUUGCGUACUCCUGUGAGCCCUCCCGACAGCUUACCCUCCC